AUGAAGGAGAGCCCAAAGAAAGCGUGGCCCUAUUUGGGGUUAGGUGGCUCCAUAACAGACGUGCCAACCGUGAGCCUCUCAGCCCUUCCACAGGCCUCUCACUCUUCCCCCCUCACUCUUGCCUGCGAUAUUGAGGGAUUCUACCCUGAGGAGAUCUCAGUCACCUGGAUUCAAAACGGUUCAGUUCUACCCAACCUGCCAUCAGUCCAGUCAGGGCCCGGUGGCUCCUUCCGAACCCGCCAUUUCCAUACGCUGAGUCUGGAAGAGAAGAUGAGGGGUGAUGAAGUACAGUGUGUGGUGUGGCAGCCCACUGUCCCUGGGCUGAUCUCUGCGACCAUGAAUCUGUCUGUUACUGGACCAUGGGCACACGGACCAGCUCUGACUAAGUCUGCCAAAGCAUCAGUGGCCCUCAUGAUCAUUUCACUGGUUCUGGUCCUCUUGCUGUGCCUUGGAUUCUCCUGGUCGAAGAGAGAUGAGAAAGAGAAGUCUCUGAGAGUGUCACCUAUAAUUCUGCCACCACGUGUGAUCGUCGGGAAAAAGGGCCGUGUGACUGUGAGUAUUGAGGGACGCAAGGUGGACAAAGUCCAGACUGUCUGGUUCCUCAAUGACACUCCCAUCUCAAACUCUUCUCUCACAGUAACUGAGAAAAGCCCUCUUGUUCCCCCAAGUGGCAAUGCUGGAUAUUACAAACUACAUAAGCAGCGCCUCCUAUCUUCAGGGAGUGGCAGCACACAGCAGCUGCUCUCGUCCUUUACCUUCAUCCCCGACAUCUCCCUGCACAAGGGCGCAGUCUUCAAAUGCCAGAUCUCCUACAGAGGGAAAGAGAAGGUGGUGGCGGAGAGAGUGUCAGACAAGUUCACACUGCUGGCUGUCCCACAUGUAUCUGAGAUUCAACUCUCAGAGCCAGCUGAUGACACAGGCCUUGUCACUCUUACAGCCCAGGCCUCUCGCUUUCAUCCCGCCGUCAUCACCUUCCGCUGGUUUUGUGAAGGAGGAGAACUUACUCCCAUAGCACCCCGGCCAUCACUUUUCACACCUCGUCCAUGUGCCCAGGGGUUCUUCUCUGCGAUCAGUCAGUGUAAACUGCCCUGGGCAGAGCUGGUGAGAGGUGAGACCAGGGUGUGGGUGACUGUGCAUCACAUGGCCCUGAAAACGCCAAUUUUGCGAGAGACUAGAGGCUUUGUAAAGAAACCCUGUGUGUCUGAAAUCUCUUCGCUCUCCCCUGAGGAACCCAUGAGCCUUGGUUGUGAGAUCACAGGUUUCUACCCACCUGAAAUUUCAGUGACGUGGUGGAUCCUGAGUGAUGGGAACAGAGAAGAAGAGAUAGUUGAGGAAAGAGAGUUGUGGGGGCCCCUACUGACCCAUCCCAGCACUUACCGUGCAACAGCCAUUCUGAGGACAGGAAGUAGCAAGGAAGGGGUGGAGGAGAAGGACAACUGGAUCAUGUGCAGAGUGACACACUGCUCAUUGAAAGAACCCACUGAGAAACGCUGGAGGAACAGACUCAUAGGUGACUAUUCCCUCUCAGUCAUCAAACAAAAAAUGCACUUCUUAGAGCCUUUGACACACCACAGACAAUAA